AUCUAGCGUGUAUCAGGCAAGUGAAAGACUUCCUUUCAGUCCACUCGGGCAGCUAAAUUACCUUGUUUCGGGCAGUGAAAUUCACCCAGGUGUGGCAAAAUUCUUAUUUACCAGUUACGCCCAUUCAAAUGCUUAACAUGGGACUUAUCCUUAUGUGGUACUGUGCACUGAGGGGAAAUUAUAUCCAUAGAUAAAGUUUAUUCAGGUCAAACAGUAAGCAAAUCCUGCACCUCUAUUAACUGGAUCAGAGCAAUUACCAAUCUAGAAACGGAUCAAACUGCAAUGAAUAAACAGCCUCAUUUUUAACUCUCCUUAUAAAUAAUCAAUAUUCAAACUUAGUGAGUUUUAAACAGGAAUCGGUGCUGUUACAAUACUAAUUUGGGAGCUUUACCAACCAAUGCAACCCUACAGGAUUUAUGAGUGAAAGCAAUAAGUGAAGAGGAUUUCAUGAUCACGAAUAUUGUAUGCAUGUCAGCAUUAUGGAUACAAUGUUGGUGUUUAGUUUACUGUUUAUAUACUACAGCCUCAGCCCAAAAGACCUCAGAGAUUAUGACUGUCAUGUGGAAAAUUCUUCAGAAGUACUGUCUGAAAGCACAAGAAGCAUGAGCAUCUUACUGCAAGAGUCUGAAAAGGCAGUGGCAAAAGGGGAGCUAAGCAGAAACCAUACCGUCGCCACUUUGCAAUGCUCUGGUCUGCACAGCUCCAUACAAGUAAAUCUCCUUUACUCAGAGAAGAUGUACAGUGUUUUCACAAACAAGACAAACGUUAAAUACACCCUCCAAAGCCUGAAAGUCAUCACUGAUCCAGAUGAGAGUGUUUCUACUGCCCACAGGUGUCUCUUAUUAAGAGAUCAUAAACAAAGUUUUCAGACUGAAUUUAACCUUACAGGCAAAGUGUUUCUGGUGGGGCUAUCAAAUUGCAUUAUUAAUGCAAAGCUGUCUGAGCCUGAAAUUUUUGCAGAGCAACUGCACGCCACAGAGGUACACCGACAGAACAGCAGCUCAGGCAUAGGUGAAGACAUGCUGCUCAGACUAACACGAAGACAAAGCAUCUAUGUCAAAGCAGUAAUCAUAUGUGUCCUGCUACCCUGUUCACUAGCCUUCAUUGUGUUUGUUAUAUUUGAAGUUCCCUUCCCAGGUUCUGAGUUUAAGAAACCCCAAGGACAGUGAUACAAAGGUAAAUUCUGUGAGAUCAUGCCUUUAAAAGAUUUGCUAAUCUUUGUGAUGCACUGGGGUAACCACUUCUCUAGUGGGAGGUCUUAUGACCUAAAAUGCCAUAAUUCAAACUCUGUCAAAACAAGCAAUUCCUCACACUUAAUAUGAAUACCUACAAUGACAUGUUUUGCCUGUUGCUACUACAGUAUACAAUCCCAGUGCACACCUGCAACCUUGGGAUUUUAUAUCAGAUGGAAUCAUAGCUACCCUGUCUUUCAAGGCUUUAUUUUGGAUCGUGAGAAACUUAGGUUUGACUCUUGGUCCCAAUCACUUGCUUUCCGAGCCAGCACACACACACAAACAGUUGGGGGGGGGGGCAUUUAGAUCAAAAUGGGGAGGAAAGAGUCUUGCAGCCUUCUAAAGUGACACUGAUCAAAAGCAACCCUCUUGACUUCAGUAGUCGUCAAGCAUUUUCUAAAGGCAGAAGAGAGGAGAACAGAAAAGACUCAAGAAAACGCAGGUUACCAUGGACUCUUUGUAGGCCCUAUAUUUCAUUAUUCAAAGACCUCCCAAGAGGACAUAUACCAUGCUGGAGGUGUUUGGGGUAGAACACACUGGAAGCUGAGAUGGUCAAUGUGAAUUUUAUUUUAUUUUAUUUUUUAAAGCCACAUUGUUUCUUCAGCUCACACUCUGAAGUGCAUACUUCAGUCAAAAUUCAGGUUAGUCUCCCUAGAAAUGAAUAACCAUCAUUUUACUAGCUUCAAAUUCUUGGUAUUUUGGGCUGGGAGCAUCUUCCUAC